AUGGUAUUCUUCAGUAUUGGUAUCCGUGGCAUGUCAGAGCUGGAAAACAGGGAACAAAUCCUAAGCACCAUCAUCGCCUUCAUAACGGUGGCGGUGCGUUCUCUGAUAAUGGUUAUCAUCACCACAUCGCUGGGCCAAGCUACUGGUCAUGGUUCCGGCCGCGUAACCGUUCAGCGCCACGCCCAGCACAAUCCGCACAGCUUUACCCAAGGUCUACACGGCAUAUCGCGAUGCCUUCAGCUCGCUAGAGCAACUUUCCGCAGAGGUUGGCGAGAGUUCGCCAGCCCAGCCGGCGCCGCAGUUUGA